AUGUUCCAGCCGGCGCCCAAGCGCUGCUUCACCAUCGAAUCGCUGGUGGCCAAGGACAGUCCCCUGCCCGCCUCGCGCUCCGAGGACCCCAUCCGCCCCGCGGCUCUCAGCUACGCCAACUCCAGCCCCAUCAACCCGUUCCUCAACGGCUUCCACUCGGCCGCCGCGGCCGCCGCCGCCGCCGGCAGGGGCGUCUACUCCAACCCGGACUUGGUGUUCGCCGAGGCGGUGUCGCACCCGCCCAACCCCGCCGUGCCUGUGCACCCGGUGCCGCCGCCGCACGCGCUGGCCGCCCACCCCCUGCCCUCCUCGCACUCGCCACACCCCCUCUUCGCCUCGCAGCAGCGGGACCCAUCCACCUUCUACCCCUGGCUCAUCCACCGCUACCGGUAUCUGGGCCACCGCUUCCAAGGGAACGACACCAGCCCCGAGAGCUUCCUUUUGCACAACGCGCUGGCCCGCAAGCCGAAGCGGAUCCGAACCGCCUUCUCCCCGUCCCAGCUUCUGAGGCUGGAACACGCCUUCGAGAAGAACCACUACGUGGUGGGCGCCGAGAGGAAGCAGCUGGCGCACAGCCUCAGCCUAACAGAAACUCAGGUAAAAGUAUGGUUUCAGAACCGAAGAACGAAGUUCAAAAGGCAGAAGCUAGAGGAAGAAGGCUCGGAUUCGCAACAAAAGAAAAAAGGGACGCAUCACAUUAACCGGUGGAGAAUCGCCACCAAGCAAGCGAGUCCCGAGGAAAUAGACGUGACCUCAGACGAUUAAAAACACAAACCCAACCCCACAGAAACGGACAAAAAGGAGCAGAGGCAGGGAGCGAAGGGGAAGGAGAAAAAAACCUAAAAAACAAAAUCGAACAAACCGCACACACACAUUCACCGAGAAAGGGAGGAGAGAGCAGCAGCGUUCCUCGCAGACUUUGGGCCGCCAGGGCGCAGGGUCCCAAUCCGAGGCUGCGCAGCGAUGGCAGAGGACGACGGAGGCGCCUUCAUCAACAUGCAACCCUCCUCUAAAGAGGCAGCUGAGUGAGUGAGUGAGGGAGAGAGAGAGGGAGAGAGAGGGACAAGUGAGAGAGGUCCAAAUGUGGCAAAGCCCAACGCUCAGAGCAGGGGAGCUGUCAGUGAAAUGCCAAGCCAGCGCGACAAAGCGAUUGGCAUGUAUUCCAUUUAUCGUAGUCCACUUAAAAAAAAAAUUGAUGGCAAUGAUGAUCAAAACAAAACCAACCAGGCACAGGACUUUUUAUUUUGCACUUCGCAGUGUUUUUUUUCCCCAGUCCUUAAAAAUAAUAAUAACGAUCGAAAUUCCAUAUCUAGCCCCAUCCCCACACCUGUUUCAAAAACUUGAAUUGCAUGUAGCAGUCGUUGGGCGAACGGUGUCUAAAGACAAAAUGAAUCGUAAUUUUCUUUUCCUUUUGAAGACAGGUUCUGUGUGCUUUUCAUUUUGAUUUUUUUUUUCAGAGAAAUGUGCGGUGUGUAAACACUUUUUGAUACCUUCCGACGUCAAAGUGAUUGUGAAAGCUAACUAAGUGAGGUAGGCUCAGCGACAGUGGUCCUCUUACAGAGAAACAGGGAGCAGGAGGGGACUGGGGGUGGUGGGGGAGGGGCCCACAACCGAGUCUGGGCUAGUGCUGGAAAAAAACAAAACAAAACAAAACAAAAAACCACACCAACCCUAAAUUAAUUAUAUUUCUUGGGCAUUCCCUUUCCUAACAUCCUGAGGCUCAAAACCACGAAGUAAACUUCUCCCGUUUAGUGGUUGGAGAAAUUGGCCGAGUUCAGCCGUUCACCGUAGAGGCCAUUCCACAUGUAAAAUCUAUCUGUGGCAAAACCUGAAGGACUGUAGAUAGUGGGAAUGAUGUUAAGUGUGGCCAAGGACACGGAUGACAAGUUUUCAAGCACUGAGUUUCUAUUCCAAGAGCAUAGACCUACUAAAGAGAGUGGCAAAUGCUUCCUUGAUGUCUUCUAUACCAGAAUGUAAAUAUUUUUGUGUUUUGUGUUAAUUUGUUAGAAUUCUAACACACUAUAUACUUCCAAGAAGUAUGUCAAUGUCAAUAUUUUGUCAAUAAAGAUUUAUCAAUAUGCCCGCAGAGUAGUUGUCUUGGGAAAUUGAAACGAAUUAAAAAAAAAAUUUUUUUUAAGUAUCUUUCUACUUCUGAGUGUGGUCUUCCCCCAACUAGGCUCAAUAAAACCACACACCCUUCCUCAACAAAAGGGACAGCCUGCUGGAUUCUUUGGCAUUUUAAAGAGAGAUGGAGGUGGAAAAGGGAGAGGAUUGGAAGAAUGUAAGUCCUUCGAAAAAGGGAUGGGAGAAGAUUUUUACAACCAGACCUUUGCCCGUUGCAUGCCCUGCUGAGGGAGUUUAGUUUGGAUUUCAGGUUAAAAAUUUUUAGUUUUUCCCUUAACCUCUGGUUAUGAUGAUGAUGAUGAGGAUUUAAAGUAUGGAAAUAUAGGUAUAUAUUAAACGAUAUUCCCCCAGGAUUGGGGAAAGCACUUAGCAGAUUUAGCGUCUUGGGACUUUUAAACUAUAUGUCUGACUUAAAACCCUUUUCUCUCUUUCUUUCUUCCUUCCUUUCCUUCCAUCCUUCUUUCCUCUCUCUCUGGCCCCAAUCUGCUGAAGGUGAUGAGGAGAGUCCCUGCGCUGUGGCAGCCUUAUAAGGCAAGCAUUCUGAGAACCCUUCAGCUCUUAACAUUAAAGAAAAAGUUGUAACCAGUCUUGGAGGAAACUUAGCUUCCCCCCGUCCCCCCUUGUGGGGGUGCGAGGUUGUUUUUGCAUGCUUCAUUUGCUUCUUAUCCCGAUAGGCUGCAUUAAUCAGUUUUAUUUCCAUUGAUAGAGAAACCUCGUCUG